AUGUACUUACCAGCAGAUUUGUCCAGGUACAAUAAGGUGCCGCCGAAUCAGUUUCAAAAUGUGCUCAGCAACAGCAUCCUUCCUAUUCAAUCCACAGAUCCCAAUUGCAUGUUCAAGCUGCACGAAGAACAGUUCAGCUUUGAUCAUUUAGACGGCACUUUUGUCCCUGAUAUUGCAAUUCGUAUAUCACGUACUCCCUUGAACUCGAGUGACCCUAGUACUUACGCCUCACUAUCUAAAUUUGUUGAACAAAAUUUGAAGAAGUAUCAUACAACCCUUGGAAACAUCAAUCAAAAUCAGUUGACAAAUCCCUUAUCCAGGCCUCCGGAACAAACUGGUGUCCAGCCUGAUGGGAAGACAGAAGUGUUACCAGUUGGUUAUGGUAUAAAUCCCUUAGUUGCGGACUCGUUCAAAAACGUUCACUUGACUCCUGGCUGUUUUGCAGACAUAAUCAACUUUGAUAGGUCAGGCUCCAAUAACAACGAAAGAAAACCAUCUAAUCCCACUGCUGCACGCUUAUGGGGUAAGCAGAAGCCCGUAAAAAUUGACACCGGAGUUGCUUUCGAUGAUCUGAAAACUCCCAAAAGCAAUCUGUCUCGUUCUACUUCAAAUUUCAUAUCAAAAGUUUCAACGGCAGACAAUUACAAUCGAAAAUACUCCAACGCAUCUUCCAUAUUGGUAGGAUGUCACGGCCGAAUCAUCAACCUUAUUCUAUUGGAAGAUGACGCCAAAGAAAUUGAUGUCGAGAUUCCAUUGCUUAAAGUUGUGUUUUCGUCAAGUAUCAUAACAGCAUUUUCCAGUUUCCACUAUACAACUACUUCAGGAGAAAGCAACUUGGACAUUCUUGUUGCCUUUGCCUCAGGUGACAUAUUUUGGUUAAGCUUUCCGAAGCUCAAGUAUUCUAGAUGGAACAAGAAUUCCAAACUGAAAAACAAACCUGUCUUGUCUUUGCAGUGGUCACAAUGCGGAAGUUUUGCCGUUGCCGGCUUUGCAGAUGGUGAGGUCAUGGUAUUUCAUAGAGAUUUCGAGGAUGCAGAAGUUUAUGAAGAGAAUAAAAGUGCUUCUCAAAAAUCCAGGUACAUGACUAUAUUGAAAUCUCUCAACUCACAGCAAACAGGGUCAAAUCCGGUGUCUCAUUACAAAUUUUCCUACAAAGCCAUCACAAAACUCAGGUAUCAUCCCACUUACCCAAAUAUUUGGACAAUCGCAAGUGAUGAUGGAUUUGUCCGUCUUUUCGACUUCUUUUCUGAAGUCAUAACAGACAUUGUACCAUCAUACUAUGGAGGUAUUCUUGACAUAGAUAUCACGAGGGAUGGAAGAUAUAUGAUUUGUGGGGGUGAGGAUGCUUUUGUUUCCAUUUAUGAGUUUUCAAUUUUGGGCGGUGGGGCUAGUGCUCACGGCUUAUUGAAAUUGGUAGCCCGACUUGAGGGAGCAAAAUCUUGGGUUCGUGGUGUGUGCGUUGACUACUUCAAAACAACACCCGGGGUUCUUUAUCGUAUUGGAACUGUAGGAGACGAUGAAACGAUUAGGUUUUACGAAUUUCAACCUCGAAACUUGCCAAAGGCCAGAAAAAUGAAGAGUGAUAAGAUCAAGCUCUCGACAAAUCAAAAGCAAAAGUCAAAUUUGACGCUGAAUUCUGGAAGCAAUACCAGUAUCAAGCACUUAUUAACUUCGGAGAGCAUCAAGAAAAGCUGGUUACAGAACUCGCGGUCUCAAACUCAAAAUGAGUCAGUUUCCUCAUUAACUUCUUCAACUCAGUUGCAGCAAUUGUCAUUAUAUGAGAUAAUAAACCAGGAUCAAACUGAAGGCUCGAAGAAAGGAGAGCAGCAACCUGGUGUUUCAAAAGCAAAUCAUGUGCUUUUCAAGAACCUCAAAACUAUUCUGCAUGUUCCAUCAGAAAACAUCAUCAUUCACGAGGCCAGUAGGUGCAGAAAUUGCCCUGUCUUGUAUCCAAUUGGGGAAAAAAAUGUGCAAUUGGGGCGUCUAAGCGGUUUGCAAUUUCAGAAAGAGUACGUUUGGGCUUUCAUAUCUACGGGCGAUCUUAUAAGAUGGAGACGACCCACAGUAGCCGGGAACAAAGUCUGA